AUGCGGGAUGAUGACAAAAGCUUGAAGGCAAAGAUCGGCGGUUAUAGUUUUAAUGUUAGCACAUCCGAGUUGAUGGCCGUUUUAAGGAGCAUGGAAGACAAGGUACGCUGGCCAAAAGAAAUGAGAUCAAACCCGAACAGGCGAAAUCCUGAUUUUUGGUGCAAAUUUCAAAAUGAUCACGGUCACAAAAUGGCGGAUUGUAGAUUGCUGCAAGGUGAAGUAGAACAUUUAUUGAAACAAGGAUAUUUAACUAAAUUAUUUAGUGAAAAGGGAAAGCAGGCAUAUAUGAAAAAUAGGUCGGAGCCCCCAAAACCCCCUUCACCAAAAAGGACGGUUAAUGUCAUAAAUGGAGGAGAAGAGAUCAAUGGCGUAACAUAUACGGCAGCGAGGAAGGUGUCAAAAAUAACAGUUACACACGGGAAGCGAGUGCGACAGGUUUUGGAAGAAGAUAGUAGUUCCGUGAAUAUCAUUCUGUUAAGAGUGGUAAAUGAGAUGCAAGCCGAUGAUAAGCUGAUACCCAAGGCUGAUACAUUGUCCGGUUUUGACUACUCGAUCGUCGUAACAAAAGGCAAGAUAAUACUCACUACAUUCGCUGAAGGAGUAGUCAAAGACACCAAAUUUCAAGUGGUAGAAAUAGAUAUGGCUUAUAACAUGAUUCUUGGUAAACCAUGGAUUCAUGAGAUGGAUGCUGUUUCAUCUACUUUGCAUCAA